AGGUUGACAGAGCUCUUCAGUGGUUCGGAGGACACACAUCACGGAACCCAUCAAAUCGCCUACCUAAAGGAAAUGUCGACGAUGUCCCAGGAACGUUCCAUGUGCGGACGCUUGGCUGUGGUCACCGGAGGCGGAGGAGGCAUCGGCAAGGCGAUAUGCGAUGUCUUAGCCGAGAAAGGUGUGCAACUGGUCGUCGCUGACAUCGAUUUGGCAGCCGCUGAAGCCGUGGCCAAUGCUCUUCCAGGUGCACGCGGUGGCCAUAAGCACGUUGCAAUGCACGUGGAUAUAUCCAACUCGGCAUCAGUACAAACCCUCUUCACGGCCAUCAAGGAUGUCUACGGAGCACCUGCCAGCAUUCUUGUGAACUGCGCAGGCACUGGCGCCCUCUUCACAUCAAUUGUUGAUACAACUGAAGAUGUUUUUGAUCGAGUCAUUAAUGUCAACCUGAAGGGUACCUUCCUGAUGACCCAAGCUGCUGUCCGGGACAUGCUGAGCGGAGGAGUGACGGAAGGAGUGGUGGUCAACAUCGCCAGCUUAGCGGCCAAGACAGGCAGCCGAGGACUCUGCAGUUACGUCGCCUCCAAGGCCGGCAUUGUCGGCCUGACAAAAACAGUGGCCCUGGAUCUCGCCGACAAGGGAAUUCGGUGCAACGUUGUGCUCCCGGGAUUCACUGACACUCCAGUUACAAGGUUCUUGACCGAGCAGGAGAAGCAGGGAAUUCUCGCCCAGAUUCCACUCGCUCGCUCCGCCCUGCCGCGCGAGGUUGCUGAGGUGGUCGCUUUUCUCUGCUCGCCCGAGAGCUCUUACAUGACUGGCGCUGCUGUUGAUGUGUCUGGCGGCUGCGGAUUGUAAUUUUGGCUUCGGAAGCUGCAACAAUUAAUUGAAUAAAAAAUAUAUAAAGGCGUGCCUCA